AUGGGUACAUUCUCAAAAUCAUUUGCUUCUGCAGGUGGGUAUAUUGCUUCAGAUAAAAAUACUAUUUCAAUGUUAAGAUCUAAUUGUUAUUCAUAUGUUUAUGGAUCUCCAAUGUCACCAGUAGAAGCACAACAAAUUAUUUCAUGUUUAGAAAUGAUGAAAACAGAAGAAGGACAAAAAAGAAUUGCACAAUUAAGAAAAUCUUCAAUUUGUUUUAGAAGGAGACUUAUUGAAGCAGGAUGUCAUGUUCUUGGUGAUACUGAUUCACCAGUUAUUCCAGUUAUGUUAUAUCAUACAGGAAAAAUUAAAGACAUUUGUCGUAUUUGUUUAAAGGGAGGAGUUGCUGUUGUUGGAGUAGGAUUUCCAGCAUGUACACCAACAUCAUGUCGUGUAAGGUUCUGUAUUUCUGCAGCACAUACUGAUGAAGAUAUGGACAAAGCAUAUAACGUUAUGAUUAAUGGAAUGAAAGAAAUAGGAUGCAUUUUUGGAAAUACCCCUCAACCAAAUGUUAUUUAUCAUCCACCAAAAGUUGAUUUAUCUGAACUUGAGGCAUUACCAAAAGAACCAAGAGAAAUGACUUUAUUAAGUGAAAAUUCUGAUAAUAGAAAAAUAAUACAAGAAGUAACAAGACCAGUUGGUGUUGAAUUAAGUUCAUAUGAUAUUCAUGGAUUUAAUCAAGACAUAGAAAGAACAGAAGAAUUAAUUAAUGUUAUUAACAACUUUGGAUGUGGUUCAUGUGGUCCACGAGCAUUUUAUGGAACUACAACAGAACAUUUAGAUGUAGAAAAAGAAUUAAUGAAGUAUUUUGGAACUACAGAUGCAUUAGUUUAUAGUUAUGGAAAUAAUACAUUAACAUCAGUAAUUCCAGUAUAUGGUAAAAAAGGAGAUUUUAUAUUAGUUGAUGAAUAUUGUAAUUAUCCAAUUCAAUUAGGAUGUAGAUUAUCACGAGCCACAACUAUAAAAUAUAAUCAUAAUGACGCAAAAGAUCUUCAAGAAAAAUUAAACGAAUAUAAACAAAAAAUUGUUUAUCCUAAUAAAAUUAUUAUUAUAACUGAAGGUGUUUUCCAACAUGACUUCUCUAUUGCUCCAUUAAAUGAUAUUGUUUCUUUAAGAAGUAAAAAUGUAUUAUUAAUUGUUGAUGAUUCUCUUGGUAUAGGAGCUCUUGGUGCAACUUUGAAAGGAACAUUAGAACAUCUUGGACUAACUGUUAAUGAUGUUGAUGUCCUUUGUGGUUCUAUGGAAUUUGUGUGUGAUACUGUUGGUGGUUUUGUAGUUGGACAUUAUGAUAUGAUUGAAAGACAACGACUUCUUGGUGCUGGAUUUAUUUUCUCUGCUUCAGCCCCUCCUUUCACUUGUCGUGCUGGUAAAAUUGCAUUUGAACGAUUUGCUAGUAAGGGAGUUGAUAUGGGAAUUGAAUUAAGAGAAAGAAGAAAUAAGUUCAACCAAAUGAUGAAAGAACAAGUAAAAAAUGUAGAGAUGAUUGGUGAUGAGUCUCUUCCAUUUGUUUUAUUAAAUUCUAAAGAUAAUCAACAAUUAAUUGAUGUAUUAAAAGAAAAAGGAUAUCAUGCUGUUCUUCAACAUCAUUUGGAUGAAGAUUGGUGUCAAAACAAAUUUGUACGUUUGUGUAUUGGAAAUCAAUUAACAGAAACCAAAAUGACAGAUAUCAUUACAGCCUUUGCUAAAUUAAAUUAA